AUGGCUCCUGAAAGCUGGCGCCGGGAGGUCGGAAUCGGAAUCGAGUCUGGAGUGUGGAAAAGUGCAAAAUCGAAAAGAAUAGAGUCGCGUCAGAAUUCGCAAUGCUCGAGCUCGAUUAUGGUGGGUACUGGGAGCAGAGUGAUGGGGGAGUCGCGGUUGUUGGGAUCGCAGGCGCGAGCUUGCUUACGUCACCCCUUGCUGAGUCCGUUUCGAGCAGCUUCAGACAUCGACUCAACGACACCAAUGUAUCAAUUCCGCCCAUUUGUACGGACAGCGUGGUGCAGGAAGCCCCUGCUGCUGCCUGGUCGCCGAUUCAUUGCAACACAGGAGGUGCAGUCGAGCAAUCCGCGCCCCGAGGCCCAGUCACUCCCUCCGGGAUGGGAGGAUCAGGAGCCCACGCUGUCCGACUUCUCGGAGCUGCCGCAUAAAGACUUUGGAAAGAACCAGUUGAUUCAGACAAAUGAAGAAUUCAAGAGGUCGCUGAGAGGGAUACUGCGCCAGUUCCCGCCUGUCACAUAUGCGUUUGCGUACGGCUCCGGCGUCUUCCCUCAGUCAGCUUCGACAGCAUCGCUCACAACCGAAUCGCCGCAUCCGAACCCCCCCGAGGCGAUAUUGAAAUGGCAAAAAGGCGGUGGAAAGAUGAUCGACUUCAUCCUGACCCCAAAAUACGCCCAGCACUUCCACUGGCUUAAUUUGCGCGACCACCGAGAUCAUUACUCUUUCCUUGGGUCGCUGGGCUCAGGUGUGGUCAGCCAUGUGCAGGAUCGGUAUGGCGCUGGCGUAUACUUCAACCCGUAUAUUACAGUCAACGGCACGAUGAUCAAGUACGGAGUAGUCAACUUCGAGACCCUUCUGCGCGAUCUCACAGACUGGGACACGCUGUAUCUCGCCGGUCGCCUGCACAAGCCAUGCAAGAUCCUCCACGAGGAACCGAAUAUUCGUCUCGCGAAUCAGCGCAACUUACUCUCUGCCGUCCGAUGCGCCCUCCUACUACUUCCUCCAACCUUCACCGAGAAGCAGCUAUACUCUACAAUAACCGGGCUGAGCUACCAGGGCGACCCGCGCAUGCAGUAUGGUAGCGAGAACCCAAAGAAGAUCGACAACAUCGUCACUCACCAGAUUCGCAACUUCAGGCUACUGUAUCACGAUCUGAUCGUUUCAUUGCCAAACAUCAUGUACGCAGACUUCGCUGCUGUCAGCAAACCUGACUGGGUGGAUGACACCAAGUUGGACCUGAAGCUUUCGCAGGACAUGAAUCCUGAGCGACGCGCAAACAUGGUGCGGCGCUUGCCUAAGAAGUUCCGCGAGAAGAUCUACUUCCUGUACCGCGGCAAAUUCGGCAUUUCCGGCAGCGAAUACAAAGAGAUGCUAGAGGCCAGCAGGGAUGAAGAUGCAAAGGGCGGCGUAAAGAAGCAAGUAGGCAGCGACUUCGACAAACGCAUCGCAGCCGAGACAGAUCUCCCUCAGAUGGUCACCAAAGCAGUCAACCAAACCGUCAAAUGGCCAUCCACUGUACAGAGCAUGAAGGGCCCGCUCACAGCAGGCCCACAGCGUGCUUGGAGAUAUCUCAAAGAAAAGCGUGAAAAGGGCAAGAUGAAGUAG